GGCCACACCCCCUAAAGAGCGGCUCGUGGAGUAGAGAGAUCCUCGUCGAGAGACAGAAACGGGCAAUACGGGAAAAAUAUAUAUACGUUUCUUUUUUUUGUUUUCCCCAUUAAAAUAAGGAGGAAGUCUGUUUUUGACGUGCAAACCUUUCUACCGCGGAGUGCAGCGCUGAAAAAAAGAAAAUCAGGAUUGACACAAGAGGACCGAGUUUUCUGCAGAUUUUCGUGGUUGGAUUCGCUCGGCUAGUUUAGCUAGCCGGCCUAGCGUUCACCUCUGCCGGGGAAGCUCGUCACCAUUUCCCGUUCUCUGGCUUGUGGAAGGUUGUUGUUAGCGGUACUUAGCUGACCGGUUGUGCAAUUGAGAGCUAGUUAUCGUUUAUGGGGCGUUUUCACUGGCGUGUUCACUGGACUGCACGGUUUGAACACAGAGACUGACCAGCUUGUGAGGACGAGCUAACUAGCUAUCUGUCACCCUGUGUCCCACCCUCCCUGCUUCUCUCUCUCUCUCUCUCUCUCUCUCUCUCUCUCUCUGUAGCUCUAGCUAACAUUAGCUAGCUUCAGCCCUUCAGCCGCGUUUGCAAAGGCUAAGCUUGGGUGGCCACUUUUACAAGGCAACUGUACAACAUAGCUACCUCUGCUGAGCUUCUUCAAACUCUGUAACAUUAGCGAACAUUUUUUUGUGUUCCUGUAUCUAUAUAUUUAAAAAAAAAAACCUCUUUAGUUGAUACACUGACAGGCAGGAAAGAAAAACGAAGUCCAAAGUGCAAAGAACAGUAAAAACCGAGCGUUUACUAUCAGUGAGCUGAGAUAAGACGGGUGUUUACUUGCAGGUUCUUGACAUCAGCGAAAGGAGCCACUUGUUUAGGGGAACCGCCAAAUAUAUAAAACCCAGACACGUGGUUAGUUACUUUGUAAUUUUUUUUUUUAACUCUUAAACUCCCCUCAGUGCAGUUUGUACCUGAUUGAUACUGAAAUAAAGCAUUUCACGUAUAAAUAAACAACACGCCGGUAGGUAAUCCACUGGCCUUGAAAGCUAAUCCUUGAGGGUUAUAAACACCUGGAACCAAACAGUUCAAAUUAAUAUAUUUUUAUGCCAGAGAAAUUAUUUAACCUUUUUUUGGUACCAAGAAGUAAACUAUAUGAUUGUCAUACUUAACCUGGGCUACUGGCAUGUAUGUGAACUAGUUAAAUUUUUCUCACUGAAAUUUUCUGAAGCCUUUAUCUUUUGUAGGCCUACCUCGUGACACCUCACUGUAUGUCCUGUUAAUUCCUCAGCGGGAUACGGGAUAUAUGUUAUUCCACCCUUUUUGAGACCUAGAGAAAUAUCCCCUAAUUUGUUACGUGCUCCUUUUGACAGCAAGCGUUUAUUGACUGAUAAGAAGUAUAUUUAUAUUUUUGUACCACAGUCCAGAAUUUACAGAAAUAAUUAUAUAGUCGGAUAUCAGGAUAUCGGCGUCACCAUCCAGCCAUGAGUAUUGAGAUCCCGGCAGGUCUGACCGAGCUUCUGCAGGGUUACACAGUGGAGGUGCUGCGCCAGAGGCCUCCGGAUCUGGUCGAGUUCGCCGUGCAGUAUUUCACCCGGCUCAGAGACACGAGGAGUCAAGAUGGAUCCGGGGCCACUGCCAAAUCCGGCGGAAAGGGAGUGAUGUUUGAUGGCGAGCCCAUGCAGACAGAGUCUAAUGGCGAAGAUGACGACGACGAUGAUUCUGACUUUGAGCCGCCUCCCCCCAGCAGAUUUAACCGGAGAGUGUCGGUGUGCGCAGAGGCGUUUAACCCUGAUGAAGAGGAGGAAGACUCUGAGCCAAGAGUCGUUCACCCAAAAACAGAUGAGCAAAGAUGCAGGUUACAGGAGGCUUGCAAAGACAUACUGCUGUUUAAAGCUCUCGACCAGGAGCAGUUUUCAGAAGUACUGGAUGCCAUGUUUGAAGUGCUUGUGCAACCGCUAGAGCAUGUAAUCGAUCAGGGAGAUGACGGGGAUAAUUUCUACGUCAUUGAAAGGGGCGUGUAUGAUAUUGUGGUGCAGAAGGAUGGCGUGGGCUGCUGCGUUGGUCAGUACAAUAACAAGGGCAGCUUUGGAGAGCUGGCGCUUAUGUACAACACACCUCGAGCUGCUACCAUCAUCUCCAAGCAGGAGGGUGCCCUGUGGGGACUGGAUCGAGCAACAUUCCGUAGGCUGAUUGUAAAGAACAAUGCGAAGAAGAGGAGGAUGUAUGAGAGAUUCAUUGAGUCUGUGCCACUCCUCAAAUCUCUGGAGUUGUCUGAAAGAAUGAAGAUUGUUGACGUUUUGGGUGUGAAGAGUUUUCAUGAUGGAGAGAGGAUUAUCAUGCAGGGCGAUAAAGCAGACUGUUUUUACGUUGUUGAAUCUGGGGAUGUGAAGAUCAUGAUGAAGAGCAAAACAAAAGCAGACAGACAGGAUAACGCCGAGGUAGAAAUUGCUCGCUGCACUAGAGGGCAGUACUUUGGAGAGCUCGCACUUGUAACCAACAAACCCCGGGCCGCCUCAGCUUACGCUGUCGGGGAUGUUAAAUGCUUGGUGAUCGAUAUUCAAGCGUUUGAGCGCUUGCUGGGCCCGUGCAUGGAGAUCAUGAAGAGAAACAUUGCUCAUUACGAAGAGCAGCUGGUGGCUCUGUUCGGCUCCAGCAUGGAUCUCAGAGACUGACAGAGACUGGCCGUGCCUUACACACCUCAGAUACACACUCCUCAUACAUGCACACACAAACACUUAAGUAAUCUAGUACAUAUAGUUUAUUUAAACACACCACAAUUUGUAGGCAUACACUCCUUUUUAUGUUCAACUCCUGUCCUCUUUUCCUCCUGCACCCUCAAAUCCUCUCUGCCAAUCCCAACACACUCGCACAAACACACACCUGCAGUCUCCACAUUAGUCUCUACAUCAGUGCUCUGGUGUAAAAUGGAAGCAUUACACGUCCUCGAGCUGUGACCCUCAACCAACUUCAAGCAACAAGGACAGCCGUGCGGACACCAAAACACACUUCACACUUGAUCGUGCUUCAACAUACUUGCACAACACACCCAAUGCAACAAAUAAAUCCAGCCAAGGACCCAUCCCCCUUCCCAUGGACAUACACUUAAAAAAAUAAAUAAAUAAAAAACAGAAAAUCAGAGGACAUAAAGUAAUGUUUGCAGAAAGAAAGACUAAAAACUGUACUAAAAAUGCAACAAAAAAAUGGUUGAACAGAGAAGUUUUAGAAACAUUUUAUGACCGUGCGAAGCUUUGAUUAACAUUUAUUUAAAUAAGACUUGUUUCCUUUCCUGCUAUUGGUGCAUUGAGUUAGUCCUGGUGGUAUCCACGGUGACCAAUGUUAGGUCCUCGUCUUGCUCACACAAACUCCAUAUAUGGUAUUGAUUAAUGUAUUAUUAUUAUUAUUAUUAUUAUUAUUAUUAUUACUACUACUAUUAUUACUACUACUAUUGUUGGAUUUUUUUUUUUUUUUGCUCUAUUGGAGAAUGUGCAGCAGAAUCUAAUGCUUAUUUCUUCUCUUGGUCAUUCUGGACGAGUUGUUCUGAAAAGUAAAUAAAGCAAAACAUUUUGGUAAAA